UUUUUUUAUGCUAAUGGCAUUCUAAUACCCAGCUGUAUGCAGCAGUAGUAGUAAGGCAUGCGCAGUGUGUAAAAAGACAACGGCGAAGAUUCAAAGUUUUUGUUCGGUUUCCCAUUGAUCAUCAUGUUUGGUUUUCACAAGUCUAAAAUAUAUCGCAGCCAUGAAGGAUGUUGCAUUUGCAAGACCAAGUCCUCCAGUUCACGCUUUACUGACAGCAGCAGAUAUGAAGAAACCUUCAGGCUAUGUUUUGGGUUGUCAGAGGAUCGUGUGGGAGACAUCUGCAAUGCCUGUGUGCUGUUAGUAAAAAGAUGGAAAAAACUGCCAAAAGGCUCUAAGAAGAACUGGAACCAUGUUGUGGAUGCAAGAGCUGGGCCUGGCUUCAAGCUAACCAAACCCAAGAAGAUGAAGAACAGUGAUGGGAAGAAGAAAAGCAAACUGAAGAGGCUUCACAAAUUCAAAAGACAACACUCUGAUGCCCACAGCACGACCUCAAGCAUGUCUCCAUCCCAGUCCCCCAGCUACGAGUCAGAUGACGGCUCAGACAUUGAGUCCAAACAGAGGCGCCCCACUCCUUCUGUCUUUUCCUUCCUGGACCGUUCUUACUGGAAAAGGCAAAAGGUGUGCUGUGGGAUUGUKUACAAAGGGCGUUUUGGUGAGGUGAUGAUUGACCCACGUCUCUUCAAGCCCUGCUGCAGCUCCAAGAAGCAGGAGACGUUGGUUCCCAUGCAGGACACGCACCUUCCCGCAAUUCACCCCCCACCUCUCCCGCUACCAGAGGCCCUGAAAGAGGACUGGUGAUGGCUCUUGAGCACCCUCUUGGGGUGACCAUGACACCCUACAAGUUGUCUCCAGUGGCAGACUACCCCCCCAAAACCAUUCCCUAUUAGUUCACUGUGCAUUUAGAUGGCUAAAUGAUUUUCCUAUUUUUGCUUUGAUAUGUGUAUUUGUUAUUUUUUUUACAUAUAAUUCAUUUUCUUGUCUUUUUUUUAAAGAAAACUAAAAAUAACCAAAAAUUGUUUUUAUAAAUGCAUUAGUUGUACUAUUUAUAGGAUGAGGCAGAAUUCUAUUUGGCCUUGACGGGCACACUAUUCAGGUCUGAUUAAUUUGGUUUGCAACAUUUAAAGCUUAUUUUCUGUGUUAUGGUUCCCAGCAUUUGUAUAUAUUAUGUUAUUUUUGCCAGCAUCCAGACCUGUUUUUUUUUAAUGAUUUUUUUAAAUUUUUAUACAGCUGUCUAAUUGUCAAUGAAGUAUUCUUGUGCUGAUAUGCAAGACUCCACCAGCUAGAUUUCUAAAACCAGCUUAUUUGCGUUGAUGGCAUGGACAUUUAAAAAAAAAAAUAAUAAUAAUAAUCUUAUACUUGUGUUCCCCUGACACUCAAGCAGAUUUAAUUCGAUUUAUAGCAUCUUAAUAUAUAAAGGGUUAUGGGCUAAGAGUAUUUAGGGGUCUUCAGUGAAUUUAUACAGUAUGAAUGGCCUUUUAAAUGUAUACAUGCAUGUGUUAUCACACUCUAUCCCACACAUGCAUGGUUUGGCAAGCACUGAGUAGUAUUGUACGUUGUCAGAUGAGUAAACACUCCGUAACAUGAGCUUAUCCAUUGCUUUUCCAGCAGUUACAUGCAAGUGAAUCACGAUAGAUUGAGUUAGACCAAGCAUGCAGAACUCAUCUCUGUCUUGGAAUGAAAACCAGCAAUUAUUUAUUUGUAGUCUUCCAUGAGCUGAAAAUGCACAUUUUUAUAACCAUAUGUUGAAGUGUUCUUAUAUAUACACUUGGGAGUGUUUUGGCUAUGAGAACUAUUUUAAAUUACAGGAUUGAAAACUCAUAUUUUUAAAUCACUAAAUGUGUACAGAUGUGGAAAUAUUUAGAUUGAGGCGUUCUUUUAUGGCAUCACUUGUAACUUAUUAAUUGGCCAAUAAGUGGCUAGCUUAAUCCCCAAGUUUGUCACAACGCUUCAGGAGGGUUGUGUUCGGUAAGGCACAAUGCAGCAAAGCUUUUGCAACCAAUUAUGAAAAUUAGCUAUGUGGUGUUGGACAACUUCUAGCAGUAACACAGUUUUGUGCCUGCUGAAUACCACCCAUAUCUUUGUCCUAUGCGAUGAGUUGAAGGCAAAAGCAGUACUUACACACUUAAUGUUCUGUGUUUGUUGGCAUGUUGUUA